AUGACCUUAGUCCUGUGGGCCUUUGGCCUGCUGGGCUCAGCUUGUUUGGUGUCAGCCAACAUCUUUGAGUACCAGGUGGAUGCCCAGCCACUUCGUCCCUGUGAGCUGCAGAGGGAGCGGGCCUUUCUGACACAGAUGGAUUACACUCCACAGUGCUCUGAGGAUGGCAGCUUCCAGACUACCCAGUGCAAAAAUGAUGGCCGCUCCUGCUGGUGUGUGGAUGCUGACGGCAGGGAAGUUCCAGGCAGCAGGCAGCCGGGGAGGCCAGCAGCAUGCCUGUCCUUCUGCCAGCUGCACAGACAGCAGAUCCUCUUGAGUGGCUACAUUAACAGCACAGCUACUUCCUACCUCCCUCAGUGCCAGGACUCGGGGGACUACGCCUCUGUGCAGUGUGACCUGUGGCAGGUGCAGUGCUGGUGUGUGGACACAGAGGGGAUGGAGGUUUAUGGUACCCGCCAACUGGGGAGACCAACACGAUGUCCAGGGAACUGUGAGAUUAGAAACCGUCGCCUUCUCCAUGGGGUAGGAGACAAGUCACCCCCACAGUGUUCCAGAGAAGGGGAGUUUAUGCCUGUUCAGUGCAAGUUUGUCAACACCACAGACAUGAUGAUCUUCGAUCUGAUCCACAGCUACAACAGGUUUCCAGAUGCCUUUGUGACCUUCAGCUCAUUCCGGAGCAGGUUCCCUGAGGUGUCUGGGUACUGCCACUGUGCUGACAGUCAAGGGCGGGAACUGGCUGAAACAGGUCUGGAGCUGUUACUGGAUGAAAUUUAUGACACUGUUUUUGCUGGCCUGGACUUGGCUUCUACUUUUACUGAAUCCACUUUGUACCGGAUAUUGCAAAGACGGUUCCUAGCGGUUCAGUUAGUCAUCUCUGGAAGGUUCCGAUGCCCCACAAAAUGUGAAGUGGAACAGUUUGCAGCAGCUAGUUUUGGCCAUCCCUACAUUCCAAGCUGCCGCCGAAAUGGGGACUACCAGGCUGUGCAGUGCCAGACCCAAGGGCCGUGCUGGUGUGUUGAUGCCCAGGGGAAGGAGAUCCCUGGGACUCAGCAGCAGGAUGGAGAGCCACUUUCUUGUGCUGGAGACCAAACUUGUGCCUCACAAAGGCGGCGGGCUUUGUCCAGGCUCUACUUUGGGCCCUCUGGCUACAUCAGCCAGCGUGACUUGUUCUCUGCCUCCGAGGAGGGACCUGCCACUCAGGGAGGAGCGAGGCCUGCCACAUCCUGCCCAACCAGGAUCAAGCAGCUGUUUGUGGACUCGGGGCUUCUUCCCCUAAUAGUGAAAGGGCAGGAGCCACAGGAUUCUGCAUUCGAAAGUCUGAUUGGAGAAGCUAUGAGAGCUAUUUUUCCCUCCCGACAGCUGGCCCAUCUCGCCCUUCAGUUUACCACUAACCCAAAGCAACUACAGCAAAACCUCUUUGGUGGGAUGUUUUUGGUGAACCUUGGCCAGUUUAACUUGUCUGGAGCUCUUGGCACAAGCGGCACAUUUAACUUCAGUCAGUUCUUCCAGCAGCUUGGUCUCCCGGGCUUCCGGAAUGGAGGGGGACCAGGAGAGCUGGUCAAACCACUUUCUGGGGGAUUAGAUUCCAAUUCUAUCACAGAGCCCCUCAGUGCUACAAAUAAGUCAAUUAUGGGCAGCUUUGGAUUUAAAAUCAAUUUGCAAGAGAACCAAAAUGCCUUACAGUUUGUUGUCUCUCUACUGGAGCAUCCUGAAUUCCUUCUCUUCUUGCAGCAUGCUAUUGCUGUACCUGAAGAGGUGGUAAGGGACUUGGGUGAUGUGACGGAGAUGGCGCUCAGCUCCCAGGCCUGUGAGCAGACACCUGGAAGGCUUUUUGUCCCCUCGUGCACAGUGACAGGAAGUUACGAGGAAAUCCAGUGCUUUGCUGGAGAGUGCUGGUGUGUGGACUUGCGGGGCAAAGAACUUCCUGACUCUCGAGUCAGAGGUGGACAGCCGAGGUGCCCCACGGAGUGUGAGAAGCAAAGGGCUCGCAUGCAGAGCCGAAUACGCAGCCAGCCUGCCGGGGCCAGCAUGUUUGUUCCUUCUUGCACCAGCGAGGGGCAUUUCCUGCCUGUCCAGUGCUUCAACUCAGAGUGCUACUGUGUUGACUCUGAGGGUCGGCCUAUUCCUGGAACUCAGAGUACACUUGGGGAACCCAAGCAAUGCCCAAGCCCCUGUCAGUUACAGGCUGAGCAGGCUUUCCUAGCCCUAACACAGUCCCUGCUCACCAACUCCAGUGUGCCGUCCACGUUCUCCAGCGUCUACAUCCCACAGUGCAGUGCUGAUGGGCAGUGGCAGCGCGUGCAGUGUGAUGGGCCACCCGAGCAAGUCUUUGAAUGGUAUGAUCGAUGGAGGGCUCAGAACCCUGAGGCCCAAGAUCUCAACCCUGCCAGGCUUCUGAUGAGCAUCACAAGCUAUAGAGAAGCAGCUUCUGGAAACUUCCAUCUCUUUGUUCAAAGUCUAUAUGAGAGUGGCCAACAAGGCAUAUUCCCCGUGCUAGCACAGUUCGCUUCCCUCCAGGAUGUCCCUCCAGCAGUGUUGGAAGGGAACCUGACGCAGCCUGCACAGAACAUCUUCCUGGAGCCCUUCUUCUUUUGGCAAAUCCUGAACAGCCAGCUAAGCCGAUACCCAGGGCCCUACUCAGACUUCAGCACCCCACUGGCACACUUGGACCUCCGGAGCUGCUGGUGUGUGGACAAGGCUGGGCAGGAAUUGGAAGGGACGCGGGCCAAACCAAGCCAGAUCCCGGCAUGUCCUGGCGCCUGUGAAGAAGCGAAGCUUUAUGUCCUGCAGUUCAUUAAGGAAACAGAAGAGAUUGUUUCAGCUUCCAACACUUCUCGGUUCCCUCUGGGGGAGAGUUUCCUAGUAGCCAAAGGAAUCCGGCUGACCAGCAAGGAACUCAGUCUUGCCCCACAACUCCUACCCCAAGAGGCUUUUUUUGAGAGAUUUCUGCGUGGAAGUGAUUAUGCCAUUCAGUUGGCAGCUCAGUCUACCUUGAAUUUCUAUCAGAGACGCCAUGCUUCCCUGAAUGACUGGAUUGGAGCAGCCUCUGCUCUGGGGUCGGGCCCCUAUGUGCCACAGUGUGAUGCGUUCGGAAGCUGGGAGCCCAGGCAGUGCCACACGGGCACUGGAUACUGUUGGUGUGUGGAUGUGAUGGGCAACUUUGUCCCUAACUCGCUGACUGCCCGCUCCCCACAGCUCUUGCAAUGCCCCUCACCUUGUGAGCAAUCUCGAGCCAAUGCGCUGCUUUCUGGUUGGAAGCAAGCUGGUUCCCAAGGAGAUCCAUCCCCAGAAGACCUGUUCACCCCAACUUGCACUGAGACAGGAGAGUUUGCCAGGAGGCAGGUAUCUGGGACUGGUGCCUGGUGUGUGGACCCUGCAUCAGGAGAGGGGACCCAGCGCAGUGCAAAUGGAAGUGCCCCAUGCCCAGGCCUCUGCGAUGUUCUCACGAAUGGAGUCCUGUCCAGGAGAGUCGGCACGGGACACAUGCCAGCCUGCAGGUCCCAGGAUGGGGCCUUUUCCCUGGUGCAAUGUGACCCAGCCCAGGGCAGCUGCUGGUGUGUCCUGGACAGUGGAGAGGAGGUGCCUGGGACCCGUGUGGUGGGCCACCAACCUGCCUGUGAGCGUCCUCAGUGUCCGCUCCCCUACAUGAAUGUGUCAGAUAUGCCUGGUGGAGUGAUCCUGUGUGAGAGAGCCUCAGGUCCUGGAGCAGUCACCGUCCAGCAGUGCCAGCUGUUUUGUCGCCAGGGUUACCAGAGUGUGUUCCCGUCUGGGGUGCUGGAGUGUAGCCUGGAGAGCAAACGCUGGGUGUCGCAGCUUCCUCAGCCCCUGGCCUGCCAGUGGCCCCAACCAUGGCAGACUGUCCAGACUGGAGCAAACUUUCAGCUCCAGCUCCCGCCAGGCCAGAUGUGCAGUGCUGACUACACAGGAUUGCUGCAGGCCUUCCAGGUCUUCAUAUCGGAUGCGCUGGUGGCCCAUGGCCUCUGCCACAUGCAGGUGAGGACAGCUGGAACUGUGGUUUCCUACCCUGUCUGUGACAACUCCUCAGUACAGGUGGGGUGUCUGACGGCAGAGCGCCUGGGAGUGAAUGUCACAUGGACAUCCCAGCUUAAGGACAUCCCGGCCGCCUUCCUUCCUGAUCUGCAUGACAUUGAAAGGGCUUUAGUGGGCCUCGUUGGGCGCUUCACAGAUCUGGUCCAAAGUGGCAUGCUCCAGCUUCAUCUGGAUUCUAAGACGUUCUUGGCAGAUACCUCUAUCCGCUUCCUCCAAGGGGACAGCUUUGGCACCACUCCCCAGACGCGGUUUAGCUGCACGGAAGCAUUCUACCGAGUCUUAGCUACCAGCAAUGCCAGCCAGGACCCUCUGGGAUGUGUUAUGUGUCCUGAAGGAAGCUAUGCUUUGGAUGAACAGUGUGUUCCCUGUCCUGUUGGUUUCUACCAAGAACAGGCAGGCAGUGUGGCCUGUGUCCCGUGUCCUGUGGGCAGAACAACCAUUGCCAUUGGAGCCUUCAGUCAGACUCACUGUGUCACUGACUGUCAGAGGAAUGAAGCAGGCCUGCAGUGUGACCAGGAUGGACAGUACCGAGCCAGCCAGGAAGACAGCGACAGUGGGAAAGCCUUCUGUGUGGACAGCGAGGGGCGCAGGCUGCUGUGGUCGCAAACAGAGGCCCUACUCUCCGAGUCUCAGUGUCUGAUGAUGCAAAAAUUUGAGAAGGCUCCUGAGUGGAAGGUGAUCUUUAAUGCUGAUGCUCCUGGGAUGGUCAGGUCCAAAGUUCCUGGUUCUGAAUCCCCACUGAUGCAGUGCUUGGCAGACUGUGCCGCAGAUGAGCACUGCAGCUUCUUCGCCAUGCUCACCACAAACUCAGAGGUCACGUGUGAUUUCUAUGGCUGGACAGGUGACAACUUCGCCUGCACGACUCCUGCGCAGGAACAAGAUGCUCUGGGGAGCUCACAAGUCAAUGGCUUUGCAAGUCUUAGGUGCCAGGUGAAAGUGAGGAACCGUGAUCAAGAAUCUCUGGCCGUGUAUUUGAAAAAGGGCCAAGAAUUCACCACAGCAGGCCAAAAGACCUUUGAACCCACUGGAUUCAAAAACACGUUGUCUGGACUGUACAGCGCCAUGGUGUUCUCAGACUCGGGAGCCAACCUCACCGAUGCCCACCUGUACUGUCUUCUGGCCUGUGAGCAUGAUGUUUGCUGCGAUGGCUUCAUCCUCUCCCAGAUCCUAGCAGGGCCCCUUGUCUGUGGGCUGCUAAGCUCCCCUGAUGUCCUGCUUUGCAACAAUGAAGACUGGGUGGACCAAUCCAAAGCCCAAGCCAACAUUACAUGUCCUGGAGUGAUGUAUGAACAGGGAUCCCCCCAAAGGACAUUUCUUCUAGGAGGCCAGGAGCUCAUGGAAAGUCUGGCACCCCUGGAAGGAGCUGCAGGCACUGGGAUCGGUUUCCAGCAGGUUUAUCUCUGGAAAGAUUCGGACAUGGCGUCUCGGCCUGAGUCUAUGGGAUGCAAGAGAGCGGCAGUACCGAGGUCUGAAUCUUCAACAGAGACAGGUUCAACAGCAGACCUUUUUUCCCCCAUGGACUUCAGUCAGGUUAUUGUCAAUGCAAACAGAUCACUGCCCAGGCAGCGGCACUGGCUUUUCAAACACCUGUUUUCAGCCCAGCAGGCAAAGCUGUGGUGCCUUUCUCGCUGCUCCCAGGAGCCCUCUUUCUGUCAGCUUGCAGAGGUAACGGACAGCGACUCCUUGUACUUCAUCUGCUCCCUCUACCCAGAGGCCCAAGUGUGUGAUGAUGUCCUGGAGUCCAGCGCCCAGGGCUGCAGCCUGGUCCUGCCACAGCAGCCGGGCACCCUGUUCCAGAAGAGGGUGAGACUGAACAACAGAGUGAAGAACUUUUACACUCGUCUGCCAUUCCAGAAGCUGGCAGGGGUUUCCAUUAGAAACAAAGUGCCCAUGUCUGAAAAAUCCAUUUCCAGUGGGUUCUUCGAAUGUGAACGGCUAUGUGAUUUGGACCAGUGCUGCACCGGUUUUGGAUUUCUAAAUGUGUCCCAGUUAAAAGGAGGAGAGGUGACGUGUCUGACUCUGAGCAGCCUGGGAGUGCAGAUGUGCAGUGAGGAAGGAGGAGGAGCCUGGCGCAUCUUGGACUGUGGCUCUCCUGACACAGAAGUCCGCACCUAUCCUUUUGGAUGGUACCAGAAGCCUGUUGCCCAGAGUGAUGCCCCCAGUUUCUGCCCUCUGGCUGCUCCUCCUGCCUUCACCGGGAAGGUUGCUCUGGACUCCUGGCAGUCCCUGGCUGUCUCCUCAGUAGCUGUAGAUCCAUCCCUCAGGGACUUUGAUAUCGCCCACAUCAGCACUGCUGCCACCAACUUCUCAGCUGCCCGAGACUUCUGCUUGCAGGAAUGUUUCCGUCACCAGGCCUGUGUCACCAUCACUCUGCAGACCUGGCCUGGAGCUGUGCGGUGUGUGUUCUACCCUGACACCCAGAGCUGCACACAUAGCCUGCAGGGUCAGAGCUGCCGGCUCCUGCUCCGUGAGGAGGCCACACACAUCUACCGCAAGCCUGGAACCACUUUGCACCGCUCUGAGGCAGGACCUGCACCUUCUGUGCCCAUAGCCCCUCAUGGCCGGCUACAGGGCAGGUCCCAGGUUGUACGGGUGGGCACUGCAUGGAAGCAAGUGAACCAGUUCCUCGGAGUUCCCUAUGCCUCCCCACCACUGGCAGAGCGCCGCUUCCAGGCACCAGAGCCCUUGAACUGGACAGGCUCUUGGGAUGCCACCAAGCCAAGGGCCAGCUGCUGGCUGCCAGGCAUCCGCACACCUACACCCGCUGGAGUCAGUGAAGACUGCUUGUAUCUCAAUGUGUUUGUGCCGGAGAACCUGGCUCCCAACGCGUCAGUGCUGGUGUUCUUCCACAACACCAUGGAGGAUGACGUCAGCGAAGCCUGGCUGAGGAUCGAUGGCUCCCUCCUGGCUGCCGUAGGCAACCUCAUUGUGGUCACUGCCAACUAUCGAGCGGGUGUUUUUGGCUUCCUGAGUUCUGGGUCCAGCGAGAUGACUGGCAACUGGGGGCUGCUGGACCAGGUGGCAGCUCUGACCUGGGUGCAGACCCACGUUGGAGCAUUUGGUGGGGACCCUGGACGUGUUUCGCUGGCAGCAGAUCGCGGCGGUGCAGAUGUGGCCAGCAUGCACCUUCUUAUGGCCAGGGCCCCUGGCCCCCAGCUCUUCCAGAGGGCCCUGCUGAUGGGAGGCUCUGCACUCUCCCCAGCCGCUGUCAUCAGCCCCAGCAGGGCUCAGCAACAGGCGAUGGCUUUAGCGAAGGAGGUCAGCUGCCCCACCUCAUCCACCCAAGAAGUUGUCUCCUGCCUGCGCCAGACACCUGCCAAUGUCCUCAAUGAUGCCCAGACCAAGCUCCUGGCAGUGAGUGGCCCUUUCCACUACUGGGGCCCAGUAGUGGAUGGCCAGUACCUCCGAGAGGCCCCAGCCAGGGCCCUGCAGAGGCCUCCUCGGACCAAGGUCGAUUUGCUCAUUGGGAGCUCACAGGACGACGGGCUUAUUAACAGAGCCAAGGCAGUGAAGAGAUUUGAGGAAAGUCAAGGUCGGACCGAGAGCAAAACAGCCUUUUACCAGGCACUGCAGAACUCGCUUGGUGGCGAAGACUCAGAUGCCAAUGUCCUGGCUGCAGCCACAUGGUACUACUCCCUGGAGCACUCUGCGGACGACUAUGCCUCCUUCUCCCGUGCACUAGAGAAUGCCACCCGGGACUACUUCAUCACCUGCCCCACGAUCAACAUGGCCAGACGCUGGGCAAAGACAGCCCAAGGAAAUGUCUUCAUGUACCACGCCCCGGAGAGCUACGGCCAUGGCAGCCUGGAGUUGCUGGCAGAUGUGCAGUAUGCUUUUGGGCUUCCUUUCUACCCUGCCUAUGAGGGGCAGUUUUCCCUGGAGGAGAAAAGCCUGUCACUGCAAAUCAUGCAAUUCUUGUCCAAUUUCAUCAGAUCUGGAAACCCCAAUUAUCCACACGAGUUUUCACGGAAGGCACCCGAGUUUGCAGCCCUUUGGCCUGACUUUGUCCCAGGGGUUGGAGGAGAGAGCUACCAGGAGUUCAGCACCCUGCUUCCCAUUCGCCAGGGCCUGAAACAAGCUGACUGCUCCUUUUGGUCCAAGUACAUCCAGUCCCUGAAGGGGCUAGCAGAUGGAGGCCUCGAUGGGCAGUCAGCAGGGAGAGAAGAUGAGGAUUCGUUAGCUGGAUCUGAACUGGAAGCAGACGUGCUGGAUCUGCCAGAGCCAGGUCCCAAGGUCUACAGCAAGUGAUGCUCCCUGAGCCCCCUCUACAUCCACCAGUCACCUCAUUCUCCAGCCACUUGUUUUUAAUAAAGU